UCUUCUCUAUAAAUACCCUUUACCCAUCUAAAGCUUUCAUUAUGACAAACAUUCUUAUAUCAAGUUUUCCUUCAUAUAGCUCUUGAAGUUCAUAAAAGAUUAGCUAAGAAAAACAACAGGGACUACAAUGGCUCAAUCUCUGAGCUCCUUCAUUGUUGUAACCAUCCUUGUCUUUGCUCCAAUACUUUGCUUUGCUGGGAAGAGCAAUGGUGGCUACCUCUACCCACAGUUCUACGGCCGGUCUUGCCCCAAAGCUCAAGAAAUUGUGAAGUCUGUUGUUGCAAAGGCUGUCGCCAAAGAUACCCGCAUGGCUGCUUCAUUGCUUAGGCUCCAUUUCCAUGACUGUUUUGUCAAGGGGUGUGAUGCAUCGAUACUUCUAGUGAGCACUGGGAGCAUGCUGAGUGAGAAGAGGUCGAACCCUAACCGGGACUCGGUUCGUGGGUUUGAAGUCAUCGAUGAGAUCAAAUCUGCAUUGGAGAAAGAGUGCCCUCACACUGUCUCUUGUGCUGAUAUCUUGGCUCUAGCUGCUAGAGAUUCCACCUCCCUUACUGGUGGACCUAGCUGGGAGGUCCCAUUAGGAAGAAGGGACUCCAAAGGUGCAAGCUUGAGUGGCUCCAACAACAACAUUCCUGCCCCUAACAACACUUUCCAAACCAUCCUUGCCAAAUUUAAGUUGCAAGGACUUGACAUUGUUGAUCUUGUGGCAUUGUCCGGGAGUCACACAAUUGGGAAUGCCAGAUGCACUAGCUUCAGGCAGAGGUUGUACAACCAGGCUGGCAAUGGGCUAGCCGACUUCGCACUUGACCAAUCAUAUGCUGCCCAAUUGCGUACCCGAUGCCCUAAGUCCGGCGGUGAUCAGAACCUCUUCUUCUUGGACUUUGUCACCCCAACAAAGUUUGAUAACAACUACUUCAAGAACUUGUUGGCUUCUAAGGGGCUUUUGAGUUCUGACCAAGUUCUAGUGACAAAGAACCAACAAUCAAUGGAGUUAGUGAAGAAAUAUGCAGAGAAUUAUGAGCUUUUCUUCGAGCAAUUCGCCAAGUCCAUGAUCAAGAUGGGGAACAUCUCCCCCCUAACCGGUCCAAGAGGAGAGAUUCGAAAGCAUUGCAGAAAAAUAAACUCUUGAUUAAGACCAUAUAGUAAUCCUGACAGCAAUAAAUAUCAUUGUGAUUGUAUUAUGUUUGUGUAUUUCCUGUUUCUUUUAUGAUUUUCUUAAGGGAGAGUUCAAUUGUCUAGCCUCUUGUACCAAGGGUUGUGAACUUGUGGUGGCAAAAUAAUAGCAUUUUGGUUAAUGAGAUUGUGGGUGUUUCCCUUCAGUAUAAUAGGGUUGAAAAGGAAUUCUUUAUUUGAGUCGAAACUUGAAAUCAA